AUGAAGCUGUUUUUCUUUACUAUCGCCAUCCUAGCAUUUACGCUAGCAGAAGAAAUCGAAAACAAUGACGACCUACAGGUCGCUGCAUCUGUUAAUGUGCCUGUUCAUCAAGCACCUCGUACCUACCGACGAGUAGUUCAGCGACGCCGAAGCUGGAACCCUCAGAACUCUCAAAAUUCAGCCCAGGAUCCCGCUAGGCCAGAUCCAGUACAAAAUUCGUAUUCCCCAAUUGAUAACGAACAGAUCUCUUAUAAUCAACCACAGAAUAACAAUAAUCAAAACAGUUGGUCGAAUAACGGAAAUAACGUACAAAAUUCUUGGUCCACCGCUGCUCCGAAUGCAUGGAACCAAAACCAGCCCCAGAAUAACUGGAAUAACCAGCAAAAUUCUUGGUCAAACCAACCAGCUAACCCAAGUUCUCAAAAUAAUUGGAAUAAACCUGCAAAUUCUGGCAACGAAAACAAACCAGCUAGCAUUGGAUCCCAAAACUCUCAAAAUAAUUGGAAUAAACCUGCAAAUUCUGGCAACGAAAACAAACCAGCUAGUACUGGAUCCCAAAGCAACUGGAAUAACUGGAACCAAAACCCAAGCCCAAGUUCUUCAACAACCACUCCAAUCCCUGUCAUCAAGAACGAACAAAUCAUCGGUGAUAAUGGCAGCUACAAAUAUGAAUACGAGAUCGCUGAUGGAACUCAUGUCGCUGAAGAAGGCUACUUCACAGACCCUAACACUGAAGAGGAAAGCAUUGUGAAAAAAGGCUUUUACUCCUUCACCGCUGCUGACGGCAAGGUCUACAGCGUAACUUACUGGGCAGAUAAAACUGGCUUCCACGCUGUCGGCGACCAUCUCCCUAAACCACCUGCAGUCCCACCCGCGAUUCAGGCAGCUAUCGACCAGAAUGCUAAAGAGGAAGCAGCGAAAGCUGAGGCUGAAAAGAAUAAACAACAGCAGAGCAGCAAGCCUCAGGCACAGGAACCUCCAAAACCAAUUGCUCCUCAACCAAUACAACCAGCGCCACAAAAGCCCAUUCAAAAUGUCCCCCAACAAAGUUACCCUCAACAAAACUACCCUCAACAGGGAUACCCUCAACAGAGUUACCCCCAACAAGGUUACCCUCAACAGAAUUACCCCCAACAAGGAAACUACCAGCAAGGUUACCCUCAACAAGGAUAUCCCCAACAGCAACAACAACAAAACUACAACUCCAAUGAACAAAACUACUACAAUUCUCAAGCUCAGAAUUUCCCCUCUUACGGAAAGUAA